CACCGACAGCUAUCCAAGCAUACCGCCAGAGCUCCGUGAAGCUUGCAAACACAACCACCGCACCCCGAGACACACACAAAGCCGCCCACAAUGUCAAUCAUCCAGCAGCACACCAGCGCGACACUUAGCGAUGCCUGGCGCACCAUCAACAUCGAUGCCCUGAACGAGGACUCCAGCGUCAACUUCGACACCUCUACCCUCCACCCCCCACAGCCCGAGAUCGACGAGGCGGAAGUGCGACAGCUUGCGGGUCAGGUUCGGCAGCUUCUGAGGGGGGGCGACCCCGAAGGCGCCUUGAGGGGAUGCUUGGAUACACCUGUCUACAAUGGAACAGAUGCCGCUAAGGACGCCCACCUGCAUACUAUCAUCGAGGUUCUCCAGUCGAUCAAGGCGAGCGAAAUGUCACCCCUGCUCAAGAGCCUCUACGCAUCCGAGGGCGGCGCCGAGUGCCUGGACGUGCUCAUGAAGUACAUCUACAAGGGAAUGGCCACGGUUCACCCUGGAAACGCCUCGCGAUCACCAAACAAGGUCACACCUGAGCCCACAGGCUUCUCUCAGAUCGGAGGACGACCUGGCGGAGCGAACGAGCCAGCGACGACGGCCAUGAGUGUGCUCCUGAGCUGGCACGAGAAGGUUGUCGAGGUUGCUGGACUGGGCUGCAUCGGACGAACCAUGACGGACUGGCGCAGGGUGUAGAACAGGACGGCAUGUACAAUGAUGGCGAGCGGGCUGAGAAUUCCAUAGACUGGGGAAACCGACUAUC